UGCCAAAAAUAACGGUUUCUAGAGAAAAACCACAGUCGUCUGAUUCUGAUAUCAUCUCUCUCUCUCCAAUUGUGUGUUCCUCUUCGAGUCUUCUCUUUUUUUCUCUCUUUUUCUUUCUCUUUCUCUUAUUAGGUUAUCAUUCAUCGCAUUCUUCCUUCCAAGGGUUUCGUUGCUCUUAAUCUCGAUAGGAGGUUGCUUCUAUUCGGUUUUUUAAAAUUUAAUUUGUUGCAUAUGGAUGAAAGAUGUUCGUUAGAAGUGAGGAAGAUAUUGUUUUUCUUCAUAUUUGAAUAGUGUUCUGCUGAAAUAUUAUUCCUUUGUGUCAAUGGCUGCUGAUCAGAGGAGGAAACGAGUAAAUGGGGCAAGCAGUAUUGGUUAUGGUUCUAGAGAGCAACAGAGGACCAAAAGAAAGAAUCUGGGUCUAGUUCAAAAUGACAUGAGAUCCCAUGUCUCUGUUGAAUGGGAUGGAAACCAGAAAAGAGUUGUUGCCAAGCGCGAACAAAUUGGUAUCAGUUGGAGACAAAUGAAACCGUUUGUCAGUUAUGUUUCUAAUGACCAUAAAGUAUUGGCAGAUGCAUUUACAGUGCCUCACGAAAUUUUUGAAUUGGAUAAUUUAAGUGAAGUGCUUUCAUACGAGGUUUGGAAGACCCAUCUUUCAGAAAAUGAGAGAAACCAUCUUAUGCAGUUUCUUCCUAGAGGCAUAGAGCCACAUCAAACUGUGGAAGAUUUACUAGCUGGGAUUGACUUUGACUUUGGAAAACCCUUUUUGAAUUGGGGUGCUUCAGUUUGUUCCGGUGAUCUUCAUCCAGAUAUAAUUGUUGACCGGGAACAGCAUGUGAAGUCUGAAAAAAGAGCAUAUUACACACAGUUACAUAAUUAUCACAACAAUAUGAUAGGUUUUCUAUCUAAGUUGAAGGAGAGGUGGCAAAGCUGCAGAGAUCCAGAAAAGGAAAUUGUGCAAAAGAUGCGGAGGCCAAAGCAUGUUCAGAAAAGAAUGCCCUCAAAUGUGAAUGAAUCUAGAGUUAAUGAUCAUGAUGGGAAUGUCGCAGUGACAUCGGAGUCAUGCUCCUGGGAUGCAGAGGAGAGAGCAUGUAGUAGUGACUACCUAAUUUCUUCGAUGAGAAAGGAUGAUAAGCUUCAGAGAAAGGUGCUUGAAAAAGUCAAUGUGAAAGGUAAAUCCAGAAAUUUGAUGCUUUCUUCAGAUGACAUGCACAUUAAGGAAGAAAAGCCCAAGAAAGGAGACAAAGUACUAAAUCGUAACAUUCAUUUUAUUGACAGCGACCAAUACAUGUCCUGUAUCAAGAUUAGUAGGCAGCAGCAUGAACUUGUCAAGAAUAUGAAGCAGUCUGGUAAAAGCAUCCAGUCUAAGUCUCUUAACCGUGUUUUGGGAAAUCUCAACAACAUCCAUGUGCAGCCAUACAAAGUAUUUGUCAAGGAAGAGCAGAAGAAGUUGCAUGAACAUUGGUUGCAAUUGGUGAUCAAAGACCUCCCUGUGGCAUAUGCAAACUGGAUGCAGAGACAGAAACAAAGACAUGCAAUGCGGAAUUCUUUGAUGGAAGAAAUGGAGGACAAAUCAAAUCCAAUCUUUGAGGAAGAGGAUAAUGUGAGCAUUGGGAGGGAGCUUCAGGAUCAGGACGAUGCCAUGAGUUCGGGAAGCAACCCUAGGGGUCAGAAUGAGGACGAUAUAAGCCCAGUAGACGAACAUAGGGAUCAGAAUGAAGAUGUGAGCUCAGGGAGUGAACUUCAGGAUCAGAAUGAAGAUGUGAGCUCAGGGAGUGAACUUCAGGAUCAGAAUGAAGAUGUGAGCUCAGGGAGUGAACUUCAGGAUCAAGAUGAGGAAAACAUGAGCUCAGGGGAUGAGCUUCCGAAUAUGGUGGAGGGUGGAGAUCUAAAUGAUCUGUCUAACUUGAAAGAUGACGAGGAUGCUAUUGUUAGGGUUGCAGAGAACCGGUCCCCACAUAAUCCUUACUCUAGUUGUGAUGACGAUUUCAAUCAAGUGAGUGUGGAUUCAGAAAAUAAUAUUGGUUUAUCAAAAUCGGAUGAAGAUACUUCACCAAAUAAAGAGGAGUUUCCUAGGAAUAUGACCACUCAGGAUGUUUCUACUAACGAAGGGGUGCCUUUCGCUUCUGGAAGUGAUGUCUGGCAAACAGAUGAAUUGCCCCAUCCAUACUAUGACUCUGCUGUGACUCACGAGUACACAGCUAAUGGGUUAUCAUUGGCUGAAUCUCAAGUCAAUGAAGAGCAAAGAACCCAUGUGAUUGAUCUUGAAGCUGAUUUGCGUCAAGAAGAGACAGGUAAAGGGCUGUUACAUGGGCAUUUGGGUAAUAGGACCUUCGAUUCUUAUGAAAGCCAGGAUCGAAGUGCCUUAAUUGAUUCUCUCUUCAAGGGAGAGGAGCUGUUAUCAUAUCAUCAUCAUGAACAAAAAGGAGCUGAGUUGGACUUCCAACCUUCCAACAAUGUUAUGAUGGGGGAUGACCAAUAUUCUGGUCAUUUCAAGGAGCCCUUGCAAAUGUCACUGACAUUGGACCCAGGGCAGAGUAAAGCUGCCGAGGUUUUCAUGCCAGAAGGCACGUCACAGAACAUUCAUUCCAAUGCAGGAGGAAGGUACUUAAUCCCCAGGCAAAAUCCAUUCAUCCCUAGGCAAGAUCCAUUGGCUGCAGUCAAUUUAACUGAUUGGGCUGCUAAUACUUCUCGCAUGGCAGCACCAUCCCAAUCUCAAUUGAAUGCAGGAGAUUUUAUCGGUCAUCAUUGGACCCCGGCUGAGCAUCACGUUCGUGGUGGCUGGAAUGGAUCUUAUGGCAGUAGCCUUUCAAGUCAAAGUAUUGGUACUGGACCCAACUCUGAUCAGAACUUAUUUACUAUUCUAUCGCACUGUAACCAAUUACGGUCUGGUAGUUCUUAUGAUUCAGUCAGAAAUAGUGACCAGUUUCUUGCACCAAGAACUUAUGGAGUAGAUGCAAGCACUACCAGUGUGAAUGCUACUGCUGCACCACAGGCUUCCCUUCCAUUAGAUUACUUUGCUGGACGUGAGUCGGCGGCACCUGGUGGAGUGGUGCCUGAUGACAUGACAUGGAUGAAUUUGCAACAUCCGAAUUCUGCGUUAAAUGAUCAAAUGGGAAAGCCGUAUUUAAGGUCAUGGAACCGGUAAUGGAUGUUCUACUUUCACCCCAUAUGUGAUAGCAUUUUGUGAUUUAGCAAGAUCCUUAGAAGCUUGGUAUACACCCUUAGAUGAGAAGGUUUCUGUACAUACCUAUACCAACAAACACCAUGUACAUAUCUAUCUAGAUAUUAGAUGGGAAGGAAAGAAGCCAAGGGAAAGGGGUUAAGAUAUAAAGCUUCAAGAAUUUCAUGUUGUUAAUCAAGUUACAUAUUUGAUUCUUAAUUUUUUAUUUAUUUUUCCCUGUUUCUAGAGAGACAUUCUUUAAUAAUUUGGAAGUUGAGAAAUUCUGGAGGCUUGUGCCUCUAUCUUGAGUCAUA